AGGACGAGCACGGCGACGGACGAAGCUUCCGCGCCCAGCAUCACUCUCGCCAGCAGCAAGGCACCUGACAGGUGUCCCGCACCCGAUGAGCGUGCGCGUGCGCCUGGGGGCUGGCGGCUGCUGCCUCCUGCGAUGCUGGGUGCAUCUGCCCUGCCCAGCGGCGGCGGGCUAUCGCCUCGUUCCCAGCACAGGCUCGCCGGGAGCAUGGCAGCUCAUGCGCUGCCGAGCGGAGUCCGUGCGGCGCAGACGCAGGCACAUGCCACCGCUGCGGCGGAGUCCGCGCGUGCGCUUCGGGUCGCAGGCUCGCGGUGCAACGGCGCCGAGCAAGCUUUCCGCCGUGCAGACGGCAUACGGGCAGGCGAGAUGUGCGCUGCAGAACAGAGCAGCCAGGCGCAGAUGCGCCGGGCGGGCAUGCAGCCAGUCAACAUCGCCCAUGCGGGCGCCCGGUAGAUUCGGAGUCCGCCGUGGGCAGUGCCUUGCUGCUGCCAGCCGCGCUCCGGUGCCGCACGCAGCGGCGAGACGGCAGCAUCCGUCGCGGCCGGCGCUGUCGCAGGCCGAACUUGCUCGGACGCAGC